CCUCGAUCGUACCCUCAUCCUGGACAAGAGAACGAAUGAGUUUCUUCCUAUGUCUGCCAUUAGCAACACAAUGGAAGUACCUCGUAUUCGAAUCUCCCUCAAGAAUAAAUUGGGCCUUUGAUCUUUGGUACCAUUUCAGCUCCUCUUCGCGCAGAAGUUUUGCAAUUUCCGCAUUCGAUUGGUUUUUUUGCUCAAUCUCUUGUACAGAAAGAGGACGAACUUCUGCUUUAGCUUCAAGGUCAUCUCUUGUACAGUAGACUCUUGUGAGAGGUAUAUUGGGCGCGGGAAUAUGCAAAAUGGCCGAGUCCGUGUACCACCCCAACCAGACAUGGUGCCAUAAAUUUGCGUGGCCUCAAUCUAUCAAGAUCACGGCAGGUCGGCAGCAGCUUCACGACGAGCUACAGCACGGCGCGAAGGCAACCUGUCUUCAGCCGCACAUGAGCAGCAGUCGCCACGAGCGACUUCAGCAUGCCGCAACGACGGCGAGCCGGCCAGGGAGCCCAUGUCCGCGCCGCCGACAAGGUGAGCGUCCACCGGCACACGAGCUUCAGCUACUGUCCACCUUGUACGUACCUGUCCAUCCUAGUGGAGACGCGGGACCACAGAUCUGUAUGAUAUAUUGCAUUAUUCCUUUUUUGCAGUAUUUGAUGACCAUGAGAAAACAGAGCAUGUUAUUCGGAAGCUAUGAACGUGAUAUAUCUUAGUGAAGACACAAAGAGAAAAUACCUUUUCUGCAGUAAACGAACGAUGACCCAUGCCUAGCCAGGCUUCCUCCGGCCAUGAUAGCAACAGAUGGACUCAUUUAGUGUAGUAUUUGAGAGUGAACUGUCAGACUGGACAGCAGCAGCAGCGAGCCAGUAUGUAGUAGAUCACCAAUGUCGACGCGCCUAUAAAUUGAGGCUGCCGCGGCGAAGAUGAAUCAAACUCUCCGAACCUGUAAACACACAUUUACGCUUGGUCAUCUCACCUCUCCGCCCUGCAGCCGCAGGUGCAGCUCUUGUUCCUUCCUGCCAUCAAAGGAAAAGCUUGCCAGGUAAGGUUUUACACAGCACAAAUCCAUGAAUGAAUAUCUCCUAACAUAUAUAUCAGACUAUCAGUUACUGGCUAUAUUAGUUAUUGACAUGCAUGUGUAGACUGUAGAGCAUACCGAAGACCGGAUGGUGUAAUUCGACCAGCGUGUACAUGUGUAGCUACCCAGCCAUGAAAGUUGCUAUAGUCGCACAGUUCCUCUUGGUGUUGCUGGCUUGCAUUCCACAUGCCGCCGACUGCAGCUUCUUGCAUGGAAACGAGACAGAUCGGCUAUCGCUGCUCGCAUUCAAGGAUGCAAUCAGUCUGGAUCCACAGCAAGCCUUCAUGUUCUGGAACGAUAGCACCCACUUCUGUAACUGGGAAGGCGUCACCUGCAGGGUGAAGAACACUGUGCCACGCCGUGUCACUUCUCUGAACCUUACAAGUCGAGGUUUGGUAGGACACAUCUCUCCCUCGCUAGGGAACCUAACAUUCCUGCACUCUCUUGUUCUGACGGAGAACGCACUCACCGGAGAGAUUCCACCAUCCCUCGAUCACUUGCAUCGCCUCCGAACCCUCUACUUGAAUAAUAACACGCUCCAAGGAAGGUUACCGAGUUUCACAAAUUGCUCCAACCUUCGGUUGCUGGAAGCUUCGGAAAACAAUCUAGUUGGCCAAUUUCCUGCCGAUUUCCCUCCCCUCCUUGAGGUGCUGCGCAUUUCCACUAAUAACCUUACUGGCACUAUCCCAGCUUCCCUCGCCAAUAUCACAACACUAGAAGGGAUUGGCUGCGCGUAUAAUUACAUCAAGGGAAGCAUCCCGGCAGAGUUUGCAGACUUGCCCAGCUUGGAGUACCUGUAUGUGGGUGUCAAUGAACUCACAGGCAGGUUUCCACAAGCCAUAAUGAAUCUUUCUACUCUUGUCGGCCUUGCCCUUCCUAUCAAUGGUCUAAGUGGAGAGGUACCACCAAAUCUAUGCACCUCUCUGCCCAAUCUCAAGAUAUUUAUAUUAAGUGCCAACUUCUUUCUAGGACGCAUUCCUAAUUCAUUCACUAAUGCGUCCAGCAUGAACCAAAUUGAUUUAUCGGCCAAUAACUUCACCGGGUUGGUUCCCACUACGAUUGGUAAACUUACAAAACUCGCGAUGUUCAAUCUUGAACAGAAUCAACUCCAAGCACAUACCAGGGAAGAAUGGGAGUUUUUGGACAGCUUAGGCAACUGCACUGAGCUACAAGUGCUCUCAAUUGGUUAUAAUCGUCUAUCAGGGAAUGUACCAAGUUCAUUGGGUAACCUCUCCACUCAACUCCAGCGUCUAUACUUGUCACAUAAUAAACUAUCAGGAGAUUUUCCUUCUGGCAUAGCAAACCUUCACAACCUGAUUCUUAUUUCAUUGGCGGAAAAUCACUUUACAGGUGUGGUUCCAGAGUGGAUUGGAACCCUCAAAACUUUGCAACAUAUAGGUCUAGAGUACAACUUCUUUAGGGGGCUCAUUCCACCAUCCUUAUCAAACUUGUCCCAACUGGGAAUACUUUAUCUAUUCUCAAACCGGUUCAGUAGCCACAUACCACCAGGCUUUGGAAACUUUCCAAUGCUUAGGGAGUUAGACAUUUCCAACAACAACCUGCGUGGUACGGUUCCAGUGGAGAUAUUCACAAUCCCAACAAUAUAUAUAAUUGAUUUAUCUUUCAACAACCUAAAUGGACAACUUCCUACUAACAUUGGCAUUGCCAAACAACUCAUACAGUUGCUCCUUCCAUCAAAUAAGCUAUCUGGUGAUAUUCCAAACACUCUCGGUCAUUGUGAAAGUUUAGAGGUCAUUGAGUUAGACUCGAAUAUUUUCAGCGGAAGCAUUCCCAGUUCUUUAGGCAACAUAAGCAGCCUAAAUAUUUUGAAUAUUUCUAACAAUAACUUAACUGGGUACAUACCAACAUCUCUGAGCAAUCUACAAUUUCUUGAGAAACUAGAUUUCUCAUUCAACCAUCUUCAUGGUGAGGUUCCAACAAAAGGGGUCUUCAAGAAUGCAAGUGCCAUGCGGAUUGAUGGAAAUCCAGGGCUUUGUGGCGGCGUAUUGGAGUUACACUUACUAGCAUGUUCUGUUAUGCCUUCAAAUUCAACUAGGCACAAGGAAUUCUUAGUACUCAAAGUACUUAUCCCGAUAGCCAGUUUGGUGUCACUUUUUAUGGUCAUAUUUGCCUUAUUUCUCUCAAGAGGAAAACACGAGAGCAAAUUUAUGUCUCUGCCAUCAUUUGAUAGAAACUUUCCCAACGUUUCUUUCAAUGAUAUACGGAGAGCGACCCAAGGAUUCUCAGUGUCCAACUUAAUUGGGAAAGGUGGAUAUAGUUCUGUAUAUCAAGCAAAACUAGUUGGGCAUAAAAAUGAGGUUGCCAUAAAAGUCUUCAACCUAGAGACAAGAGGAGCACAAAAGAGCUUCAUUGCAGAAUGUAAUGCGUUGAGAAAUGUGCGUCAUCGUAAUCUUGUCCCUAUCGUAACUGCAUGCUCAAGCAUUGAUUCAAAUGGUUAUGAUUUCAAAGCCCUAGUGUAUGAGUUGAUGCCACUGGGAGACUUAGAUAAACUACUAUACUCGACUCGAGACCAUGAAGGCACUUCAGAUUUGAACUGUAUUACAAUGGCUCAAAGGAUGACCAUUGUGGUGGAUGUAGCGGAUGCAAUGGAGUACCUACACCAUAACAACCAAGGGACAAUAGUUCAUUGUGAUCUGAAGCCUAGCAACAUUCUUUUGGAUGACAAUAUGACAGCUCAUGUUGGAGACUUUGGCCUGGCAAGAUUCAAAGUUGGUUCUGCAAUGUCAUCUCUUGCUAACCCAAACUCUUCUUCGGUUGGACUAAUGGGAACGAUCGGAUACGCUGCACCAGAAUAUGCAGGGGGCAGUCAAGUUUCAACUGCUGCAGACGUUUACAGUUUCGGUAUCGUUCUGCUUGAAGUAUUCAUUCGAAGAAGGCCAACUGAUGCCAUGUUUAAGGAUGGAUUGAACAUUGUAAAGUUUACAGAGAGCAAUUUCCCUGAUAGGGUAUUGGAGAUUAUUGAUCCCCAGCUGCAAGAAGAGUUGGAGCUUUGCCAAGGAACUCCAACAGACUUGAAGGAAAACGGUUUGCACUAUCUGCUAUCUAUGCUAAACGUUGGCCUUCGCUGCACCAGUGCAUCUCCGGGUGAACGUAUGAACAUGCAGGAGGUGGCUGCCAAGGUACAUGGAAUCAGGGAUGCAUAUCUCAUGGAAAAUUGAAGAAACAGUUAUGUUAGGUUGAGUAGUAUUAGCUACCUAAAUAAGUUGCUGCAUAGUUGGUGUUUACAACAUAACGUGUUUGUAAGGUAGACCUGGGUCCGAACCUUGAGUGUGUUACUGCAUCAGCCCAGGAUCAAGCUAGAGAAAACAAAAUAAAAAUAAAUAGAGACCAAUGUUAUUUCCAUGUAUAGAUAUUACCAAAACAUUGAUUAACACCUGAAGUUCAGAGUUUA